AUGGUUGAUCAUUUUAAAGAGGUUAAGGGAAGGGCUAACAACCUCAGUGUAGAAGUGAAGAAGGGUCGAUGGCAGACUUUCUGUUCCAGCGAGUGGCCGGCUCUCAAUGCCGGAUGGCCGCUGGAGGGGACUUUUGACCUCCCCACCAUUCAUCGGGUCAGAGAAGUCGUAUCUCGGCCAAAGGGGGGUCAUCCCGAUCAGCUCCCUUACAUUAUUACUUGGCAGGACCUCGUGGAGGACCCUCCCUUCUUGCUCAAGCCCUUCCUGGCUCCACGCCCUCCGGAGCCGGCACCCAUACUUGCCUUGCAGGACGCGGAGAAGAAGAUGAAGGAGGAGAAAAAAACCACCUUGCCAUCGGCUCCAGCUCCCCUCUACCCGGUUUUGCAGGGGGGUAAUGAAGAAGAGUUAAUUUUACCUCCCCCGUAUCAGCUCCCCAGGACGCCGGAGAGAUUAGAUCCUGCCCCAUCGCGGGAAGCUGACGCAGUUCCGGGUGUGGCCGGGAGCGCAGUUUCGGUUCCAGGUGUGUCUGGGAACGCAGUUCCGGUUCCGGGUAUGGCCGGGAGCGCAGUUCCGGUUCUGGGUGUGGCCGGGAGCGCAGUUCCGGGGGUGGGAGUUCCGGGAAUGGCCACGGUUCCGGUAGGAGGCCCGCCCCUCACCCGGCAGAGGGCUCAGCGGGAGCUGUCCGUCGCCGCACCCGAUUCCACUAUCAAGACCCUGCCCUUAAGGGCUGCCGGACCCCCAGAUGCGGACAGCAAUCAACCCUAUCAUUACUGGCCUUUCUCUACCAGCGAUCUUUACAACUGGAAGGCGCAGAACCCUACAUUCUCCGAAAAGCCGGGGGGACUUAUUAACUUGCUAGAUUCUGUUCUUUUCACCCACCAGCCUACAUGGGACGAUUGCCAGCAGCCUUUGCAGGUCCUGUUCACAAUGGAGGAGAGCAAGAGAAUCCUCAAUGAGGCCCGGAAGGUGGUUCCCGGCGUAGAUGGGAAUCCAACUACCAACCAGGCCCAGAUAGAUGUCUCUUUCCCCUUAACUAGGCCUGAAUGGGACUUCAACACGGCAGAAGGUAAGGAGAGGCUCCGAAUCUACCACCAGACUCUGAUGGGGGGUCUCCGCAUGGCUGCUAGGAAGCCUACCAAUUUGACCAAGGUAGGGAACAUACAGCAGGAAAGGGAUGAGUCUCCAGCUGCCUUUCUAGAAUGGAUCAUGGAGGCAUAUCGCACCUAUACCCCCAUGGAUCGAAGCUCUGAAAAUAAGGCGGCUGUGGUCAUGAGCUUUAUAAACCAGUCAGCCACAGACAUUAAAAAGAAACUGCAGAGGAUAGAUAGAUUAGGGGAAAAGAGUUUUUGGGACUUGUUGGAAGUGGCUGAAAAGGUGUAUAACAAUCGAGAAUCUCCUGAGGAUAGGCAAGCCCGCGCCAUGGUGGCUGCCAGUGACAAGCAGACCCGAAACCUGGCCAAGAUUCUGCUAGCCACCACCACAGAGAACCCUGAGGAGCGGACCCGCCACCUUCGCCAGCUUGCCGAUGACCAAGAAGGAGGUAAGGGGACUGCCCAGGGCAGGAAGAAGAAGCUGCAACGGAACCAGUGUGCUUACUGCAAAGAGAUAGGACACUGGGUCCGGGAAUGCCCAAAGAAGGCCGGUAAAAAAGGAAACAAGAUGGAUCGGGUGGAGGUCUUGGAGCUGGGAGGACUGAGUGAUUAGGGGAGUCGGUGUUCGGACCCCCUCCCCGAGCCCAGGGUAACUCUUAGAGUGGAGGGGACGCCUGUUAACUUCCUUGUUGACACUGGAGCACAACACUCGGUCCUACGCACACCUCAAGGGAAGCUAGCCAGCAAAAAGUCCUGGGUGCAAGGGGCAACUGGCAUGAGCCAGUAUUCAUGGACUACCCGAAGAACGGUAGAUCUAGGAAUGGGCCGGAUAUCCCAUUCCUUCAUGGUAAUACCCGAGUGCCCCUACCCCCUAUUAGGAUGAGACUUGCUGACCAAGAUUGGAGCCCAAAUAACUUUCAGACAAGGGGGGCCCCAGGUCACUGAUGGCAAAGGCCAUCCCAUCCAGGUUCUGACUCUCAGACUGGAGGAUGAAUAUCGUCUCCACCAAGGGGCACCCCCAGGAGAGAACAAUAUGGACAGAUGGCUAUAA